CUGUAGGCCGUGAAGAGAAAUACCUGUUUUUAGAACGUACUGCGCCCCUAUUGGUGGCCAGAAAACUAAUGAUAGAGGAGCACUAAGCCCCGCCGGAAUGAUAGAGGAGCACUAAGCUCCGCCUGCCGCCGGUUUGCGAACUGGAUAAAGCUGAGGCCGCUCUUUCAGUAGCCCCACGAUACAAAAAAAAAGAAGAAAACUUUUCCGGAAAUCUCCAAAUCCAAAUCCAAAAUGUCAGUCCAUUUAAGCUGCUUACCUUGCGUAUUAGCGUAUUUCACGUCUCUAAUUUCACAAUACGAGUGGUUAUUGGUGUGCAUAGAAGUAACAUUGGAACAUACCUAGGGUUUUCUCUGAUGUGAUUUUUCAUAGUGGUUUCGACGUCUCCAUGUAUAACGUCCAAGAAUUAUGUGCUUGUGACUGGCCAACAUGCUGGUUUCUUGAGUAAUUGCCCGGAAUAUUCGUUAAUUAUAAACAGACAUUGUCAUUGCAGCCCUCUGACAAUCGUACAAGAAAUCCGAAAGUCGUUUCACAGAAAAAGAAAACACUGAUCGAGACCUACAGGAAAAGAAAACAAGAUGACGUCUUUCUCUCAUCUUCAACUUCUCGCCUUCAUCUUGCUGAACUACUUCGGGCUCGUGUCAGCACUAAGACGAGAAAUGCUGAGGACGAAACUCUUCAUGGCGCACCACGAUUAAGAAAGGAAUUCGAAUUUGCCGAUUGGAAUUGUUCUACUCGUCUUGUAAACAAGCAUUAUAUACAGAAGGUUUCUAUUUGACGUGUUUAUUGGAAAAGGGAGGAGUCAUUUUUGUCAUUUAGUCAUAGAUACAUUAAUGCUUUACGGGACGAGAUGAACAAGUAAAUGUCGUAGAUACCUCCUGCGCAGAUGCUACUCAUGACUCGAUACUUAAGUCUUAAGAUCAAGAAUCGGCAACAUGAUCUAUACAUUAUUGCUCGCUAUUCUAAUGUACCACAGCGGCUGAAGCGUGCCAGGCAUGCCAAACUAACGAAUCCGGCGCCACAUGCUAUUCCGGAAAGUGUGGUGACGGCAGUGGCAAGUUCUGUUGGUCAACCUCUACACAAACUGGAUUUACGCUUUGUAGCACUUCCAGUAGAUGAGAUCUUAUAGACAGAGAUGUUUUUUACAGUAGGCACAGCGGACAAUCUCUGUUUGAUGCCCAAGGCGUUAUUAGAGACAGCUGUCGAUGUAGUUACGGGAACAGAUUAUAUAGUUGUAAUGAUUCUGAUCGAUGAGAUUACAGAUCUGAUGAAUGAACAGAUCGAUGAUGUGAAUGGGAUUGUUAUAAGAUUAUCGCUGCAUGAUCUUUUGAACCAUGUGAGCUGCACAGAGACCAUUGAUUCAAGUUCAACCAUGUUGUACUAAGAGAAAAAAUAUACUGAUCAUCGACGAACAGC